AUGCUGACAAUCGACCGCAUGACCGAUAAACUCUCGUCCAGCAUUGCGAUCGCUGCACUUAGUGGCCUCGUCGUGCUGCCGCUGGCGUGGCGCUUGCUGGUCGCUUAUGACAAUAAGACUCAACGCGGUUCUCGCAAGGUGGUGCGUCCUUCCACGACUAAAUCGUUGCUGGGCAACACACUGGAUGUCAUUGGCAAUGUUCCCAUACGACACGACUGGAUUACCGGUUUGUGCUUGGAAGCAAAGGGGGAGCCUGUGCUGCUUCAGUCUCUUGGAACUCCAGACAUGACGCUACUUUCGACUCCUCAGGCUUUCGAAGAUGUGCUCAAGAACCAGUUCGACAACUUCCCCAAAGGACCCAAGAAGGCCGAGUAUCUGCGCGAACUACUGGGAGAAGGUAUUUUUGCAGUGGACCAUGAAAAAUGGUACCGUCAGCGUAAAACAGCCAGCAACUUGUUUACAAUGAGAUCUCUUCGAGAUUCCAUGACGAGUACGAUUCAGCGUCACUUGGUCGUCUUGGAGCAGAUCUUCCACCGGGCAGCGGAGACCAACGAUACGGUGGAUAUGUUCCGGCUUCUCAAUCGUUUUACUAUGGAGGCAUUCACGGAGAUCGGCUUUGGGGUGCACAUGAACUGUCUGGAUGCUGAGAAGGAGCACCCGUUCCAGACUGCUUUUGAUCGAAGUCAACAGUUGUUUAUACUGCGCUUUGUGAGACCGAGUUGGUUCUGGAAACUUCAGCGUUUCUUGGGCGUAGGAGCAGAGGGUCAAGUGAAAAAGGACAUGGAGGUAAUCAACUCGACCAUCUUCGACAUCGUAGCCCAGACACUUGAACACCGUGCGAAGGGAACGCAAGACGAUAAAGGAGGCAAAGACAUUGUGUCACUGUUCUUAGACGAUCUGAAUCGAUCGGGAGAUGCAGACGAGAGCAGCUUUGACCCGACGUAUCUCCGAGACAUCGUUAUUAACUUUAUCAUCGCUGGUCGUGACACUACAGCACAAGCGCUGAGUUGGUUCUUCUAUUGCCUCAGUAAGAACCCCGAAGCGGAGACCAAGAUCCGCGAAGAGGUGGCUGCAAAGCUGCCUAAGUUGUUAAACGGACAAUGCAGUCCGUCGAUGGACGAACUGGGUGAGCUCGUGUAUGUGGAGGCUGCAUUGAGGGAGACACUGCGUUUGUAUCCUUCUGUCCCCAUCGUCAGUAAGGAAGCAGUUCACGAUACGGUGCUGUCUGACGGCACGUUCAUUGGAGCUGGAACGCUUGCUGGUUUGCCCAUGUAUGCACUAGGACGGAUGCCGCAUGUGUGGGGCCCCGAUGCUGCCGAGUUUAAGCCGGAACGGUGGAUCGAGGCAGGUAAAUUGAUCUCCGUCUCGGCUUACCAAUUCGUGGCCUUCAAUGCUGGUCCGCGUCUGUGUCUUGGCAAGAACCUCGCGAUGCUCGAGAUGAAGCUGAUAGUAGCAGACGUGACGUACGCCAUCUCGUUCACACUUCCCGUGAAAGGACAACUCAACGCCAAGAUCUCUGCAGUUUAG